AUGUCUUCCGACUCGCCAAGGUUCAAGCACUACAUAUUGACCCCGUUGGAACAAUACAAUCGUAGGUUAUGCAUGUCCCUCCCCAAACGGCGGUCCGGCCAAACCGAGGCACCUGCUACAUCACACCCGUUAGCACCGUUUAUGAUCGACUUCAACCCUGAUCGCGGCUCUAUGUCCACACAUCCCGCUCAGGGUUGCAACACACAAUCCUUUCCAGCCCUGUUGGCCAUCUCUGCGCUCCCCGAAAACUCCAUUUCCGUAAAUCACAGUUACCGUGAAGCUAUCCGACUGAUGAGGGCCAGCAACACCGCUGGCACUCACGGUCAUUUUGGGCUACUGGCCUACCCCCUGCAGCGCCAACCUCUCGUUCUAAUCCCGUGUAGUACACUCAACAUUCCUACACCCCCCCCCAAUCAGCUCUUCUACCCAAACGGUGUAUUACAUCACGCGCGGAUACCCAAACCCCUAGUACAGCGUUACUCGUGCAUGGGCCUGGCUGCUGCUGAACGUGAACGAGAGGAGGCUGAGGAGGCCAAAAGGGCCACCGAAGUGUUGAAAAGGAGGAAGAAGGAAGAGGCAGCGGUGAGGAAGGUCGCAUUGACCUAUCGUCCCGAGAAGCGUGUGAGGGUGGAGGAAGAGGUGGAGGAGGAUACGCUGCAGAAGGAGGAGAUAAGCAAACAGGAGGCAAUGGGCCAGGUGGAGGGUAACGAUGAAGACGAGUGA